AUUGUUUGUGUUGCCUUUUCAGUUUUAUCUUGCCACUUUAGCCUCUUUAGUAGAUUGUCUACGAGUGUAAACUUACUAUUGUACAGUCAUCUAGCUUCUUGUGAAUUCGUAGGGUUUAUCUAGUAUGACAGGAUGUCUUCUGGUGCUGUGAAAGAAAAGGAUCGCGUAUGGGCUGACAGUGGCAAUGCCUUGAUGCGUCUGAAUGAAGUGUACCCGAACAAGAGCGAAUCAUAUGCCUUCUCAGAUGUCACUAAAGGAGAUGGGCCUGCUCAUAACUCUACCUUUUCCUGCGUGUUGAGUGUUGGUGAGCAGGAGUUCCAUGGAAAUGGACGAAGCAAGCAGGCUUCAAAGCGCGAUGCAGCUGAAUUGGCCCUGCACACCUUGUUUCACGAGGGGAAAUUGUCAGAGGGUUAUACCAUUCGCAUGAAGAAAGUCGUCGGGGAGCCUGUGGUACCAGUGCCCACACACAGGCCACAAGCAAGUAGUUCUGCUCCAGCAACACCUCCUGUGAGCAAAAAGCGUGAGCAUGUAGAAUCAAGUAAUGAUAGCACACCGGCACCCCCUAGCAAUCCGGCCAAGCGACGGCGAUCCGUGAUUGUGCCCAGUGCUAGCCCUCUGUACGUACUGAACAAUAAGCAUACGACGGGAGUUGAGUGGGAAGUACUGGAGCAGAGUGGGCCACCACAUGCUCCAAUCUUUCGAACUCGCCUGGUGGUUGAUGGCAGCGAGUUUAUUGGCGAAGGUGCCAGCAAGCGCCUAUCACGGGGUGAUGCUGCCAGGCGGGCGUUAAGCACUUUGGACGGUCUUGAGAUACCCGACGGACCAAUGCAAGAAGAGCAGCCAGCACACGGAGAUCCUUCUCUGGGGCAUGCUUCACAGCACCCACUGCAACAUGGCAUGGAGCCACCACACUCGCACUCCCAGGUCCUUGCCAACCGUUUUCAAAGGUGCUGUAUGCAGAAAUUUAUCGAACUCCGCGAUAAUCUUCCCGACGCGCAGCGCCAGUUCAAAGUAAUGGCUGGUAUUGUGCAGCUCCGCGGUGGAUCUGUCGCUACCGAAGCCAGUGCAACUGUUGUCUCCCUGGCCACUGGCACCAAGGGUAUACAUGGUGAAAACCUGUCCUUGGAUGGCACAGCGGUUAACGAUUGCCACGCUGAGGUUUUAGCGCGGCGAGCCUUCUGCAUGUACGUGCAUGACCAGAUUCGACGCACAGCGUCGGGCGAGGAGUCCGUGUUUGAGCGUGUGUCUGUCAAUGGCCGAGAUAUGUUUGCUCUGAACCCAGUAGUCUCAUUUCACCUGUUCAUUAGCUCAGCGCCAUGUGGAGAUUCCCGCUUGUUCACCGUGUCUGCGAAUAACGAAGGCGGCAGCAGUAGAACUGAUGCUAGCCAGCAGUUAGGGACAUCGCAGCGGAAUAGGCAUGGCAAGCUUCGUCAAAAGAUCGAGGCUGGUGAGGGUGGCGUGCUGUGCGAAAGUGGUGCGUCAAUUCAGACCCUUGAUGGUCUGGCAGCAGGGGAACGACUGCGUACAAUGUGCUGCUCUGACAAGGUCGCCCGCUGGAACUGCUUGGGCAUCCAGGGGUGCCUCUUGUCACGCAUUCUGUUCUCGCCCAUCUACUUCGAAACGGUGACCGUGGGUGAUGUCUUCAACUAUGAUCACAUGUACCGUGCCGUGUACGGUCGGCUGGCUGGUCUCGCUCUACCGAAGCCGUUUUUCUUCCAGAGGCCUUACAUUGCCAAGAGCGACCCAGUGCCAGACGAGUAUAUGGCAGCCAAGUCGUCGAACCAGGCCAUGAAUUGGUUCCUGUCCGGUAGUCAGCCUGUGGAAGUGCUGAACUGCAGUACUGGAAAGUGCCUGGAUGGCUCACCCUCACGCCUUUGUAAGAGAAGCCAGGGCCUGGCGUUCAUGAAAACAUCCGGUAUGCUUGGAGUGGAUGCCACAAGCCAGCAGAUUUCAGCUGUCACCUACAACAAGCUGAAGUCAAUGUCACACCGCUACCAGGAGUGUAAGUUGGCCUUGUUCAACAAGCUAGCCAAUGAUGGUUUGGGAGCCUGGGUUCACAAGCCAGUUGAGCAGGAGCAGUUCUUACUCUGAUCAACCGAUCUGCUUCAUUUCCUGAGCAGUGUGCAGCCUCAUGGUAUAUGCGGUGUGCUCUGCCAUAUUCUUCCAACCAUGCUUCUUAUGGAAUCGACGUGUUUCAACCCUGUGGACUUCUUUCUUCAAUAACACUUCUGUAUCGAUACACAAUAUUAUCCUGGUCCUUGAGCAAAAGUAGAAUUCUUGCUUCUCUUUGAAACGAAGAACACUGCACUUGGCUGUUCGAUAUCUGGUGUGUUCUCGUGAGAUGCAUGAUACUAGUACGCGUUCGACCUGUCUUCCUGCAUCUGCCGGUUAUGGCUUACUGCUGCACUUCUGUUUAGCUGCGCAUGUAUAGUGCAAUAUAGCAUCACGCUGGCAGCCCACCCCGCGCACAUAUUCAUUUCGGUUUCUACGAGUAAUGUCUCCUGCUCAAAUCGCAUUGUUGUACAGCCUUCUGCCCAGUAUUUUUUUUAUAGGUAAGCCAUUUCCCACGCAUGCACAUGUUCACUUUCACUUUCCAUUGUGCCACUUAAAGACGUUCCUGGUCUUGCUUGGUGUUUGAGCAAUAGAAUCUUCUCUCAUUUCCCACCUGCUGUGCGUGUUGUAUAUUAGUACCAUUACCCGUU